AUGGCAGUAAAAUCUGAAACAUGUACAUAUAGUCAAUCCAAUACACAAGCUGCUAAUUCAUCUGUGGAUAAAAACAAAGAAAAGAUUGACGCACAAAACGCCAUACUCACAAAUGCUAAAAAUGCGAUUUUAUGGCGUUCAUUGGCCAAUUUUGCACUUUAUAAACUUAUACUUGAUUGGAAUAAUGAAAGAACAUCGAAUCCUAUUGUUGGAAAUAUUGGAACUCAGAACGAAGUUUGUCAAGAGACAGUCAAAAGACUUCCGCUCUAUAAUCCUACAAGCAUACCUCCAGUUCAAUUACUGAGUCAUAUGCAACCUAAUCUAAAAUAUGUUGUGAAUCGUAUUGGUAAAGUACCACAUGAGAUAUUUACUAUGACUACUAAAAUUAAUGGAAUGGAAUUUUCAGGAAUAGCUGCAAGCAAAAAGGAUGCAAAAAUAAAAAUAGCUAAAACAGCAUUAUUGGAAUUAUACAACGUAAAUUAUACAAUAACUCCAGAGUAA